GUAGGUGAAACACAGAGAGCCUAGCCGUGUGUAUGGUGUACGUAUUCUUGGGGGACUUGGCAUUGCUUGGUGCCUGUUUCAAGUGGAACUAAAAACGAAAGGCAUCACGGUACAAUCUUAUCGUAAAAAUUGACUCGUUCAAAGCUGAAUGCUAUCUCUUGCCGUUCCUACUUUCUCCAGCCUGGUGGUACAGAGGCUUUCACAUUGUUUAGCCUGUGCGGGCUGGCUUACUGGAAGGAGUUGAGUGUCUCGCAACCGCUGGUGGUCCAGAGUCGGAGUUAGACCGCUGACAGCGUGACUGGAAAGCUGCUGGCAGUGCUCAGGUGUAGCAGUGGCGCGCGUGGUCAGAGGUCAUCAGUGUGGUAUGUGAAUCAUGGCGAGUGAAGACAGGAGCACAUUCCAUGUGGACUUGAAUGAUUGCAAGAAAGGCCUGGGAAUCCGUAUUGUUGGUGGUACUGGUGUGACUGAAGAACUGGACUGUGGCAUAUUUGUCAAGGAGUUAGUCCAAGGUCGCCUUGCCAGCCGCGAAGGUACAUUACGAAGAGGAGAUCAGCUGUUAUCAGCUAAUGAUGAAAGCCUGGAAGGCAUCACAUGUGACAGGGCCGUCUCUCUGCUGAAAGAAUGUGCCAAAUCCAACAGAGUGCUUCUGGUCGUCGCACGUGAUGACGAAUCAAGGGUAAGCUUCCACGCCUUGACGGGCGAGAUGAGAAAGAAAGCCAAAAUGAGUCGUCGAACUAGUGCCCCGGCACUGAGUCCCACAGCGUCCUCACAGAGCCUCUCUGCGUCUGCGUCUGCAUCAGAGCUAGGUGAAUCACCGUUGAAAAGAUUGCAAGCAGACUCCUCCAUGCUAUCCUCGGCUGGUGCUUCCCCUUCUAUUGCCACCAUUUCUUCCAGUGCUAGUUCACACCGCUUGAUGGAGAACCUGGCUCCGCAAGAGGCACGUCCCCCUAGUACCAGUCCACCACCGUUACCAGCAAGCUCACCACCAGGAGAUGGUGGCACUCCGUCGCAAGAGACUGCUAAGGAUCUGCAGUUGGAUAUGGAGGCUGAAGCGAAUGUUGGUACAACUGGCGCAGGCGGAGAUGAUCUUUCCCCGUCACCGUCUUCACAGUCUCAAACAUCAGAACAUCUGGAUAUUGAGCAUGUCACUAUUGGUAUUGUGUCUGGACUUGGCAUCAGCGUGAGCGGUGGUAUCAAUAGACCCGAGGGACCCAAUAUCUACAUUGACAACAUUAUAGAGGGUGGUGAUGUUGCUAAGGACGGGAGACUGAAUGUGGGUGAUCAGGUCCUCUCAAUCAACGGUGAUGCAAUGAUUGGAGUGACCUUGGAGAAAGCCAUGUCUGUGCUCACGCGUCUCAAGCUUCGGAAAUCCAUCAAGUCAGUCCGCUUUGCCUAUGUCCGUGGCAAGCCAAGGAGUAGUAGUGGAAUGGCAGAUCGCACUAGCACAGCAUCGGCGGCCGGUGAUGAGGAUCAUACCACUGCCACCACCGCCACCACCAGCACAGAUUCUAUACUGGUGGGAGACUUGCCCACGCAGGAUGAAACACCACUCUCCACUGCCUCAUCUCAUGCAGCUGUUGUUGAAAACUACCGGCCAACAUUCCUGGAUAGUGAAAGGACUGGGGAGAUUCCAACCGGCACCACAGCUGGACCCAGUGCUGCCAAUGUGCGGGAUUUCCAUGAUGGUCUACAAGAAAGUGGUGUGACAGAUCAAGACGAUGUACAUAUCAUGCCAAGGAGAACUGGCAAGCCUACAGCAGCAGCUCCGGCACAGACUCAGUCAGGGUCCGGGUUGGCAGCAAUAGACGAGGCAGCAAGGCCAACUCCAUCACCGCGCACAGCAACGCCUGGUCGUGAUGGACGCUCACAGCCGCUGCCAGUGUAUGCAACAACUCAAAGUCGGGGCUCACACCAGAAUGAUUCUGUAUCUACACCUAUCAACCCUGGUAACCGAUCUGGUUCAUCAUCGGCGUCCUCAAUCUUCAGCCCAGCUCGUCAAGGUAUGAACAUUGAUCCGUCGGCUAAGCUAAGCGUGGACAAGCUUGGAAUGGCCCUGGAUUUCCUUGGAUUCCGGCCAACGCAGGAACAGCGCGAUGAGCUUUUCAGCCGUGUAAACAUUGGCGAUGAUGGCUCAGUACAGUUUGCAGAGUUUGUGGCUGUGGCCCGUGACAUCUUCAAGUUCCAGAUGGAUGACAGAGCAAUGAGCCCAAGCUCGUGGUAUUUUGCUUCAACUAAAGUUCGUGACAUGGACCAGCCCUCGUCACUCUCCAUGCCCUCAAGUUCUGAUCCAUUCCACCAUACUGAAGACCUACCACAGUAUCAAGAGAGAGGAGAACCUAACUUGGGACAGUCUAUAUCCAGUCACAUCCGAACCUCAUCAUCACCAUCGCCGCCACACUCCGGUGAUGCCGAACUAAACAUGCAGCGGCAGCUAGAGUUGCUACGGCAACGGCAACAAGAGGCACUGCGCUUGGCAGAGGAAAGAAGAGCAAUGGACAAGUUGAAAAUGGACGAGAAGCUUCGUCAACAAAGACAAUUGCAGGAUGAGAAAAUGCAGUCACGGUUCCGCGAUGCCGAGGAGGGAGUGCUGAAAGCUGAGCUUCAAGCCCAGCAGGCAAAGGCUGCUUUGGAGAGGUUGAGAGAGCCCUCACCUAGGGAAGAAUCACCUCAACCAUCACAACCAGUGUAUGCUGUACCAAUGAAAUCCCGCAGAACUACUGAAGUGCAAUUCCAAUCAGACGGCAGUAGAUCAGAUUCUGUUGCAGUGGAAGAGCUAGAGUCCUGCCGGCGACAGAUUCAGAUUUUGCUGCAAGAGAAAGAAGCUCUAAGUGAGGAGUUGAAGAAUACCUCUACACAGUGCAAUGGACUUCGAAGUCAAGUUCACUUGGCCACACAGGCUAAGGAAGCGGCUAGAAUGCAAGACCUGAAUUCCCAAGCGGCAAUUCGCCAGUUAAAGAGUGAAGUUUCCAGCCUUCACAGUCAGCUUGCUCCAUCAAAGGGAGCAACUGAGGAGCUACAGAAGAGAGUGGUCAUACUCGAUUGCCAACUAAGGAAGAUGGAACAAGGGUCCCACACUCGUGAUGAAGCGGUGCAGAGAUUGCUUGGAUUUGCAGAGAGAGUUCAUGAGACACUUUCAGCUGCCGAAAAUGAACCAACAAUCGACACCACCAAAAAAAGCCGAUCCCUGAUCCCGUUCAAAGGAAGUUCUGUUGUGAAUAACAGGAACAGUCCUGGCAAAUCCAAGCAGCCACCUGCUUACCUGGCCAAACACUCUUCACAGCACAAUCAGCAACUCUAUGCAUCACUUUCUGAAGAGGCCAAGAAGACUGUCAGUGCUGUACGCAUACUACUGGAGGAUGAGCCACUUCCAUUUGGCUGGGAGGAAGCCUAUACACCGGAUGGACAACGCUACUACAUGAACCACCAAACACAGGUUACCAGUUGGCUUCAUCCUCGCUCUCACAUCAACCAUAGCAAUGUUUUACCACCUCCGGACUCGUCAUCGGGCAGGACCUAGUCCCUUCACACCUUGUCGGCACUCUAGAAUUGAUCACAAUUUAUGCUGUGAUUUAUUGCGGGAUGGCAAUGUUUUAGAAUACAGUUUUUUGCAAUUUUCCUUGAAAUUUUUUUAAGUACACGAACUACCCUCAUAAUUUUCUUCAUGCAACUUGCCAUGCAUCACCAUUGUAAUCCUGACUGGAAAAAUGAGUAUUUUCUGCCCCUCCUCCCUCCCCACCAACAUUAUUGGUCGCUUAUCGUGACCAUCAAUUCCGAGCUUGUCAUGUUAUUGUUAGAAUGAUGUACGUGGCAUAUCUGAUAAAUGAUAGUAAUAUGCGAUGA